CAUUCUCCUUCUCUCACACUCUCCACUCUCGUCUCCUCUCCUCUCUGCCCGUCUUCUCUCCUUCUCUCUUCCUCUUUCUGCCUCUUGAUUCUUGCUCAACCUGCUUAUCUCAACUGGGCAGGGCUCGAUACGCUCACGGCGCAGGGGGGAGGGCCUUGUCUGCUUUCAAUCAAUAACUCCAGGAAUUCAGAAAUACAAGUAGGUCCUGUCCCUGGCAGGCUGUACCACACUCUUGAGGGCGGGAUCACGCACACACACACUCUCUAUCCGCCUCUGGUGUUCUCUCUCUGUUUCCGCAGGUCUGGGAUUUGAAUCCAGCACAAUGGCCGAUCACACGUCUCCCGACUAUUUCAGCUGCUCCCUGUGUCAGAGCCUUCUCAGGGACCCUGUGGCCAUCCCCUGUGGCCACAGCUUCUGUAUGGACUGCAUCAGUGGCUACUGGAAUGAGGCUGACUACACAGGGAUUUACAUUUGUCCCCAGUGUAAGAUCACGUUCACCCAGAGGCCGGUGCUGCGACCCAAUGCCACCCUGAGCAUGGUGGCCGAGAAGAUCAAGAAGAGCGGUCUGAACGUCAACCUGAGCACGUCCCAGGGAAACAUCUACGCCGGGGCGAGUGACGUCCCGUGUGACUUCUGCAGCGGGAAGAAACUGAAGGCAGUGAAGUCCUGUCUGAACUGUCUGGCGUCCUACUGCGAGAAGCACUUGAGGCCACAUUAUGAAUCGGCCACAUUCAAAAGGCACAAGCUGGUGGAUGAACUGGGGAACCUGGACAGGAAGAUCUGCCCGCAGCAUCAGAAAUCCCUGGAGCUCUUCUGCCGGACAGACCAGAUGUGUAUCUGUGCCAUCUGCACAGUGAGUGAACACAAGGGUCACGACAUCGUGUCUGCUGAGGCAGAGAGAAGCGAGAAACAGAAACUCUUGGGAGUCUCCCAAACUGAGAUUAAACAAAAAUGCCAGGAAAGGGUGAAGGAGCUGGAGGAACUCAAGACUGCUGUGGAGUCCCUGAAGAACUCGGCCCAAAGAGCCAUGGUGGACAGCCAGAAGAUGUUUGAGGACAUGAUUCGCUCCAUUGAGAGGAUGAGGUCAGAGGUGACCAAGCUGAUCGGCAUCAACGAGAAGGCUGCCUUCAACCAGGCCGAGACUUUGAUCGAGCGUCUAGAGCAAGAGAUCGAUGAACUAAAGAAAAAGGAGACCGGCCUCAAGCAACUAUACAGCACUGAAGACCACAUCCACUUUUUGCAAAACUUUAACUACCUGUGCACGCCCACCGAUGAUGGUUUUAUUCCCAAAGUGACAGUGAACCCAGACUUCUCCUUCGGGGCAGUCAGGAAAGCUGUGGCUGAGAUCAAAGAACGCCUGGAAGAGUUUGGCAGGGAGGAGCUGCUGAAGAUCUCCAAGACAGUGAACGACGUCCCCAUUUACACCUCAGAGACUCGAACGCUCGACAGAAGGAGCAGAGGCAAAGAAGUGACGGUGGACAGCAGCCCUCCUCCCCCAGAGCCAAAGACCAGACCUGACUUUGUGAAAUAUUUCUGCCAGCUGAAACUGGACCCAAGCACAGCCUACAAGGAGCUGUACAUCUCUGAAAACAACAGAAAGGUCAUCCGCACCAGAGACCUGCAGCCCUACUCAGAGACCUCGGAGAGGUUCGACAGCUUCGCCCAGGUGCUGUGUCGAGAGGGCUUGUCCGGGGGCCGCUUCUACUGGGAGAUCGAGUGGAGCGGGGAGUUCUCCAUCGGCGUGGCCUACAAGAGCAUCAGCCGAAAGGGCAAAGGCUCGCUGUGUCUGCUGGGCUACAACGACAAAUCCUGGAGUCUCCUGUGCUCCGACACGGGUUACUCCGCGUGGCACAACCGAGUGGACAGAGCCAUCCACGCCCCCCACUCCCCCCGGAUAGGCGUGUACCUGGACCACUCUGCAGGCGUGCUGGCCUUCUACAGCAUAGGCAGCAGCAUGACACUCCUGCACAGGUUUCACACCACAUUUGCUGAGCCUCUCUAUCCAGGCUUUGGAGUUGGAACCUCUGUCAAGAUCUGCCACAUAAAGUGAACACAGAUAUAAUUUUUUUUUUUCAUUUUCAUACCAUACAGCAAUGUUUUUGGAGUAUAUAAAUUUUCAAAAAUUCUAUAACCCACCACAAAUAUUUUUUGAAGAAGAAAAAUGUUCUGUUUAUUUUUUUAAACUCUAUACAUCACAUUCUGUAUUAUGUUUUCAAAUCACAUUUUAGUCAUCAUUUUCUAAGAUAUCUUUAUUAUUAGGUAUUAUUAUUGGACUAUAUAAUUACUGUAUAAUCACACAAGCUUAAAAUUAACAAAGAAGCUGAAUACAUCUGCUUGAUAAUGUUACAAUAAAUGUCACUAUCAGAAGGUUGUUUGCAAAUUGUAUUUGUCCAUGAAUAAGAUACACUACAUUUGCCCCAAUACAAUGUAAUUAUAAAGUUAUUUACUUA